AGCAACAGUCUUGUUUUUACCGGUUACGUUAACGGUUCAACGUGCGUCGCAGUCGGAGUAGUUGUCGUUGUCGGAGUCGCAGUCGCGUCGCAGUUAUCACAAAACGAUAGCAGUCAAAGCAUUACUACUACUCUACAACUACUACUACUUUUCUCUGACAGUAGUAUCAGCGUGUGUUCUUCCACCAAACAGAAAGCAGCAUCCCAGAAAGCGAAUAUAAAAUCGAAAUGCACUCGUGCAGCUUGAAAGCUUGUGCGAAAAGAUCGGGAAUUUGCUAGUGUAUGGCUAUUUAUGUUUAUCACCCUAUUUAAAUAGUAUAAGAGUGUGUGUGAGUGUGUGUGCUUGGUGUAAACAAUGGUCUGAUAAGAAACGAAACAGUGGCCCACAAUGGUUUGAUAAACAUCAAGUUAAACAACAGUUAGUGCAACUACAAUAAGUUGAAGAAGAAGAAGCAGAAGCUGACGCUGAAGUUGAAGCAGAACAACACCUGUACAAACUCAAAUCAACAAAAACAACCACAACCACAACAACAACAAGAAACGUAACUGCAAAAUACAAAUUUAUAAAUAUAAAUAAAAGGAGUACAGUUGGAAAAAAGUUGCAAAUAAAUAUACAUAUUCAAUAAUGUUUUAACACAAAAUCAAAAUACAGAAAUUUCAAUAAUUAUAAUAAUAUACCAUAAGUAGUCAGUGCAAGCAAGUUUUUAUAGCUGCAUCUAUAUUUGUAUCUGUAUCUGUAUCUGUGUAUAAAUGCGCGUGUGUUCGUUACGAUGGUGUCCAGUGAAAUGAAAUUAGAUGCUCAAGUCCAACAAGCCAAGUCAAAUGGCGUGUCGUAUAAUCUCUAAUCAAAUCACAUAUAGUAUAAAUAAAAUAUAUAAUCAAAAAUAAUUUAAAAUAUAUACCAAUUAUACUGAGUGUGUAUCAAAAAAAGAAAUAAGAAAACAAAGCAUUUUGUCGUCAUCGCUUAUAAGUGUCGACAAAAUAUAUCCAAACAAAGAGAAACAACAAAAUAAUAUAAUUAAUUUUUAACAUAAACGGAAACAGGACGGCCUCAUCACGGAGUCUUUAGAAUUUUUUCCCACUGAGGACGACGAUCUCGAGAUGGAUAUAUUACCGAGCGGAAAUAUAUUCAACGAAUUGGAGCGCAUUUGCAAUACUGGCUACUUUUCAUCGCAGCCAUCGAUUGAGGAUCAAUGGCAACAGACAUGCUACGAACUGGAGCGUUAUUUGCGCGACGAGCCAAAGUUGCAGAGUUACAAAAAAAUGCACACGGAUCUGGAUACGGCCUGGGACAUAUUCUCGACGCCGGCACGCCUGCUCGAAGAGCUGAAGAUUAAGGAGAGCCUCGACACGAUCUCGACGACCUCAUCGGUGUCGUCCAACUGUUCGCGCAUAUCGUGGGACAGCAGCGGCUCCCAGGCAUUGAGUUGCGCUGUGCUGGUGAAGCAGGAGCGCAUCGACGAGGAUGACGAGGAUGCGGCCCAUGGAUUAGCUUGUGAUGAGAAGCUGGGCGUGCUGUUCGCUGCACCACCAUCGGCCAUCUCGCCCAAUCCGAGCAUCGGCAGUGCUGGCAAUAUGACGCCCACCAGCAACAGUAGCAGCAGCAACAGCAACAGCAGCUGUAGCAGCAACAUGAGCAACAGUAGUGUGAGCAUUAGCAGUAGCAGCAGCAACACCAUCACAUUGAGUUCAAGCAGCAGCACAGCGCCGGCAAUUAAGGUGCGUGUGGUGCAGGCCAAAACACAGCGGCAUUAUCAUUUGGGUCAGAGUCAUGACUUUGUUCUGCCCACCUUGACGCCGCCCUCCUCGCCCGAGUCCAGCCUGCGCAGCCACAAUUAUGCACAGCUCCCCCAGCAGCAACAACAGCAACAGCAGCAGCCACAGCCACAGCAACAACAACAACAACAGCGAUCCCAGCAAAUUGAUGCCAGUGAAUUGGCGGCGCUUAUUAAGCAACAACAGCGCCAGCAACAGCAUCAACAGCAGCAGCAGCAGCAGCAACAACAACGUCAGCAGGCUUCAACAACAGCAGCAGCAACAUCAAACUCCACACCCGCAACCGCCAUACUGCACUUCACCAGCCAAAUGCCAAGCGCCAAGAAUGCAACACUGACGCAGGCCACAACGUUGCAGCUGCAGCAGCAGCAGCAACAGUUAGCAGUACAACACUUAAGCAUAUCGCCACAGGCGCUCAGCAAAGCCAGCAACACAACUAGCAACAGUUUGUCUAGCAGCAGCAAUAGCAGCCCAAGUGGCAACAGCAGCAAUAACAACAGUAAUAGUGGAAGCAGCAGCAACAGCAAUUCCUCUAGCAGUAGCAACAGCAUUGAUUCAGCAUCGGGCAACCAUAGCAACAUUCCGCGCAGCACAAUCGUACGGCUUACGACCGCUAAUGGAACACCUGGAGCAGCUGGCAUCAGCCUCGCACGUGUUAUACAAAUGCAAAACAAUGGCAAUGCCAAUGUUGCUGCCGUGCUCAGUGCAGCAGCUAACAAGGACAACAGCAACAACAGCUCUAAUGCCGGCAAUGCAACACCAAUGCCACAGCCAUCGACAACAACAACAGCACAAGUGCAACAACAACAGCAGCAACCGACACCUCAAAUCAUUGCCGUAGUAACAUCAAGAGCGGAAAAAUCCACAACUGCUUCUACCAAAAAUCAUCACCCGCGCCAGCAUCACAGCGAUCAUAGUCCGGACGCGAAACGUCGGAUACACAAAUGCCAAUUCCUGGGCUGCAAGAAGGUGUAUACGAAGAGUUCGCAUCUGAAAGCGCAUCAAAGAACUCAUACUGGUGAAAAGCCAUACAAAUGCUCUUGGGAAGGCUGCGAGUGGCGUUUUGCCAGAAGCGAUGAACUGACUCGACAUUAUCGAAAACACACCGGAGCCAAACCGUUCAAGUGCCGCAACUGCGAUCGCUGCUUUUCGCGCUCAGAUCAUUUGGCUCUGCACAUGAAGCGCCAUAUGUGAAAUGAGAUCUAAAUCGAAAGUAUAGAUAGAGAGAGAGCUGAAAAUCAACUGUGUGCCAUCAUCACAUGCAACAUGCAAUAUGCAAAACACCGGGCGAUUAACUGGUAUAAAACUCUAACUCUUAGAGGAGACUAUGCAUACAUCACACCACAGCAGAGCACAAGCAAUGCAUCCAUAAGAAGGUUCAUGUUGCUGCCCUUGUUUAUACAUAUUUUUUUCAAUUAAUUGUAAUGUUUGGAAUAGUUUGCUUUUCUUUUAAUUAUUAAGUAAUCCACACACACACACACAUACUUUUAUUUCCAUAUGCAUUUAAUUAAUUGACAAAACAAAUAUUGUACAAUUUUACCAAAGCUAAGCAAUUUAAUUUAGUGCAGCAACAAAGAGUAAAACUGAGCAAAGAAGGCAAUCGUCAUUCAAGAACUUAUGAAGCACAAAAACAGAUAAAAAGAGAAAUAUAUAUGUAAAGAAAAAUACGUGUACAUAUUUUUGUUUUGUUUGUAGCGAGAACAACAAAUAUUGUAAACACUGCCAAAACAAAAAUAAAAAAGGGAUUAUAUAAAUAACAAAAAUAAAAACAAAAAAAAAAAAAACACAAAAAAAAAUAUAAGAAACUAAAAUUAAAAUUAAAUAUGUUGGACACAUAUACCAA